UCGUAACAGGAUUACCUUUCAAGUUGGUCAAUACCAUGACACAGUUACCUUAAUCAGUCGUGCUACUUAUCUUGAAGUGUGGGUUCAGCAAAUAAAAGGUUCAAAACUGUCAAAAAGUGAUCUUUGUGAUAAGAUAUUAGCAUCAUUGGACAAAGGACUAGUCACAGUCACACAGUCACUCCAUUACACUUACAAGUCAAAACAUAUGUUUGGAGUACCAUGUACAUGUACUCGAGUACCUCAUCCUGCUGUGAUUGAAUUUAAUGAAGAAGCAACUAAGUGUGUGAAUGGCAGUAUGGUGGAGUUUAAUGAGAAGCAAUUAUACUGGUCCACUAAGGUUGUUGAGCUGAAUAGCACAACACAAAAUACAAGCAGCAAAAUAUCAUCUCAAACUGAAUCCCACAUCCCUAAAAGUUCUUCAUCCCAUGGCACAGCUGCAGUAGAUAUAGAAGUUUGUCCCAGAGACUUGUUUCGUCAUCACUCAGCUGAUAUUACCCAGUGCAUCUCAUUAGAUGUAACUGAUGACCACACACAAUCUUCAAGCAAUACUAGUAGUGUAUUGGGACUUAGAAGACACAGUGAAGAUGAAUCCUCUGAAUCUGUUUUAAAAAAUAAAAAACAAAGAUUUUUACCUGAUGAUGAUGAUGAUGAUCCUCCUCCUUCAGAUAAAGGAUAUGAUGAGGUUAGGAAAAGGAAACAAAAUGAAGAUCAUGAUGGUUCAUCAACAAGUAAAAGGUUUAAAAUAUCUGGUAAUGACACUACUGCAGAAACAACUAUUGAACAGGAAAGCUCAUUGUCUCAUAAUGCAGAUCUGUUGGAAAAGAAGCCACAAAAAAGUGAUCUUCUCAGGCUAUUUCAAUCUUCUGAUGCUCAUUACAUGAUUAUUGGGACUGCAUUGAAUGUUAAAGUGGAUGAUCUGUUACAUGAUCCACACUCAACUACUGAUAAGCUCAUUCAAGUAUUCCAGAGAUGGUUAGACUCCAAUAACGAUGUGACCUGGAGAAAUAUUAUGCAAGUUUGUGAAGAUUAUCCUGAUAAGCUUGGAAAAGCAAAAUCUGACGUGGAACAAUUUCUUUCAUCAGAAAGAGCCCAUAAAAAAUAUCUUAAAUAAAAUACAUUACCUUUAUCAUUACAUGCAAUCAUUAUGUAUAAUAGCUUUGAUAAAAGACCCAGUACAAGGUACAUACACUAUCAGCUAUGAUCCUUCCUGUAGAGAUUGAUCAACAAAUAAACCUGGUUCUAAGAAUUAUGUAAGCUACAUACAUUUACAUUACCUUUACUUUUGUAAGUUUCAUUUAUAGGUAGUAUAAAAGAUGAAUUUUACAAAAGAUUUUUAUCCUGUUGAUCACUUAUUUCUUUACACAAUAUGAAUUAUCAUUACACUUUCGUCACUUAAAUUUUUUGUUAUACAUGUAAAUGAUAAAACCAUACAUUUUUGACAUUUAAAAUAUUAAAUA